AUGUUGCCUGGUUUGACUUCUGGACAAGCCACCGUCGCUGGACGUAUCGUUCAUGUAUGCUGUUGGAAGGGUAGUAAGAAGGUUCCAAAGAAUGAAGGCGGAGACGUGAUCCGUGUGUGCAGUAAACAGGACUGCAAACGCGCUGUUCACCUUGCUUGUACCGCGGUGAUGCUAUCCGAGUUUGGAGCCAACGACACGUUCAACAAGAUUGCUUGCGGAAAGCGCUGCUACAAUGCGAUAUUGAAGCAACCUCCAGUGUCGACGCAGUCGAAGAAGCGAGUACCUUGGAACCACGACGGACUAACCCCAAAUAUUAGCUCGAUCAGCGUGCUAAUUGACUGGCUCACGAAUUCUAAUAACUACAAUCACUACAGAGGAGAGGACACCUAG